CCGCCCUCCCGCAGCGUUGUGCCUCCCCUUUCCCAGACGAGGCGUUAGCUCAGGCGCACAGUGACAAAGCCUAAUUGGAAUCGAUACAUCCGUCCAAUCCACAGUGGACAUGCAAACGCCGAGAGCUGCGCGAGACAUCUGCGAGCCCCAAGGUACCACGCGUCGCUUUGCCUUGACCCGACGAAGCCAAGCCCACCCCUCGUUUGCCAUUGGCUUCCCCUCUUUUACCUAGCCUCGCGUAUCCUUCGGCAUUCAUGCUUUCAAGCUGCGGAGGCAGGUUUGAGGGUGUGUGCCACAGUCGAUGAGAGGGACGACCUGUGCGCAAAGAGGGGUUGGAGAAAGCAUUGGGUACGGAUGCUUGGGUUGGAGCAAGCUGACUGCCAAAAAGGAUAUAUGAUGAUGCCCCCUCCCCUUCCCCUCCUCGGUUUUUGGCCGUCUUUUGUCUCUUGCAUAAGGUUGUGUUUUGUUGACACAUACAAUCAAUUCAUCCAUACUCCUCUUUCGUCUAUAAAGGGUUCUGAUCCGCCUCAUCCGCCAGCCACGCUCUUGCGAUCUUACAUCUAGCAAGAAACUCUUCUUACACUUAUUCAAAAUGGUACUUUCUCGCCCCAUCUCCCGCUGCCUUCCCCUUGCCUCUAGAGUUGGUCUUGUGCCCUCUUUGACUUCGCGUUACCUCUCUACUUCCCGGGCGUCUAAGCUCCUUUCCUCUUCUUCAAUCUCCUCCGUCUCCCAUACAUCCAAGCUAUUUUCUGGCAGCCAGAUUGGCCGUGUGCCCUCUUCGUUUCGUGCGCUGACAACUGCCCGCGAAAAGGUUAAAGUUCUUCUCGUUCUCUACGACGGCGGUAAGCACGCCGAGGAAGUUCCUGAGCUUCUCGGUACAACCGAGAAUGAGCUCGGCAUCCGCAAGUGGCUCGAGGACCAGGGCCACACUCUUGUCACCACCUCUGACAAGGAGGGCGAGAACUCCAAGUUCGACCAAGAGCUUGUCGAUGCUGAAGUCAUCAUCACCACUCCCUUCCACCCUGGCUACUUAACUGCUGAGCGUCUUGCCAAGGCCAAGAACCUCAAGAUUGCCAUCACUGCCGGUAUUGGUUCUGACCACGUCGACCUGAAUGCUGCCAACACCACCAACGGCGGUAUCACCGUCGCCGAAGUGACUGGCUCCAACGUCGUCUCGGUUGCUGAGCACGUCGUCAUGACCAUCCUUGUCCUCAUCCGCAACUUUGUCCCCGCCCACGAGCAGGUCGAGCGUGGUGACUGGGAUGUCGCCGCUGUUGCCAAGCAAGAGUAUGAUCUUGAGAACAAGGUUGUCGGUACCGUUGCUGUCGGCCGCAUUGGUGAGCGUGUUCUCCGCCGCCUCAAGCCCUUCGACUGCAAGGAGCUUCUCUACUUCGACUACCAGCCCCUGUCCGCCGAGAAGGAAGCCGAGAUUGGCUGCCGCCGCGUCGACACUCUCGAGGAGCUUCUCGCCCAGUGUGAUGUUGUCACCAUCAACUGCCCUCUCCACGAGAAGACUAAGGGUCUCUUCAACAAGGAGCUCAUCGCUAAGAUGAAGAAGGGUUCUUACCUUGUCAACACUGCCCGUGGCGCCAUUGUCGUCAAGGAGGAUGUUGCUGAGGCUCUCAAGUCCGGCCACCUUGCUGGCUACGGUGGUGAUGUCUGGUUCCCCCAGCCUGCUCCUGCCGACCACCCUCUGCGCACUGCUAAGAACCCCUUCGGUGGCGGCAACGCCAUGGUUCCCCACAUGUCUGGUACUUCUCUCGAUGCCCAAAAGCGUUACGCUGACGGUGUCAAGAACAUCCUUACCAGCUACUUCUCCGGCAAGGAAGACUACCGUCCCGAGGAUCUCAUCGUCCACAAGGGUGACUACGCUACCAAGGCCUACGGCCAGCGCAAGUAGUGGUCCGCGGCUUAUAAAGGUGUAAAUUAAAACAAAGUUAUAGUUUCUUUUUUUGUUAUGAUAGCAAGCUUAUGAAUAUUGUUUUUGAUAUGAAUAAUAUAAACACAUAUU